AUGGGGGGGCUUGGUGCACCUCGGGAACUGUUCUUGAUUGACCUGGAGGAACAUUACGUCCAGCAAUAUCUCCCCUAUGCCCACCAUAGUACGGCUGCGGCACUCCACCACCUUUCGGGCGUGCACCACCACGUCCCUGAUAGACACGUGGUUGAUAUUCAGGUGGGCCAACACCCGGAUGUCCACGCCCCUGAUAGUCACGAUGUUGAUAUUCAGGUGGACUACCACCGAGAUGUCCACGCCCCUUCGAUGUGCUUGCUCCCUCUGGCAUGGACAGCCGUGCUGCCCAUCUGUAAUCCAUUUGGGUGGGCUGCCAGGGUGCUAGUAAACAGCGUUGAAGCCUGCCGGCAUGGACGCAAGCACAUCGCAAACCUUGCCAGAAACAAUACGCUCGUGCUGCCCGUGCCUGCUUUCAAUGUGAUCAACGGAGGUUCUCAUGCCGGGAACAAGCUGGCCAUGCAGGAGUCCAUGAUCCUCCCAACCGACACCGCCUCGUUCAAGGAGGCCAUGAAGAUGGGAGUUGAGGUGUACCACCACCUCAAGAGAAUAAUCAAGAAGAAGUAUGGUCAAGACGCCAAAAACGUUGGGGAUGAAGGUGGCUUUGCACCUAACAUUCAGGAAAACAAGGAGGGCCUUGAACUGCUGAAGGCAGCUAUAGCCAAGGUUGGCUACACUCGAAAGGUGGUAAUUGGAAUGGAUGUUGCUGCUUCUGAAUUCUACAGCGAGAAGGACCAGACCUAUGACCUUAACUUCAAGGAGGAUAACAACGACGGUUCGCACAAAAUCUCGGGCGACAGCCUGAAAGACCUGUACAAGUCCUUCGUCUCAGAGUACCCUAUCGUGUCGAUCGAGGACCCGUUCGACCAAGAUGACUGGGCCACCUACACCAAGAUGACGGGUGAGGUUGGGCAGCAGGUGCAGAUUGUCGGAGACGACCUUCUUGUCACUAACCCCAUGAGGGUUGCCAAGGCGAUCAGUGAGAAGACCUGCAAUGCCCUUCUCCUCAAGGUAGCACCAUCAUUCUCUGCCUGA